AUGUCCAUCCUUUGGAGGAACGCCUCAGCUGCAAGAACGAAUGCCAGUUUUUCUCCUGCAGAGACAGCUCCCAUGAACGUGGCCAUCGCUACCUUCAUCUUAGUAUCCUUCCUGAUUGGGACAUCGAUCAAUGGGGUCUUCCUUUGGAUACUAGGAGUGAAGAUGAAGAGAACAGUGAAUACGCUCUGGUUCCUCCACCUGAUUCUCGCUUACUUAAUCUCCUGUAUGGUCCUACCUUUCUUUGCCAUCAACACCCUCCUCAGCUUCCACUGGGUCUUUGGCAUAAUUAUGUGCAAGGUUAUCAACUCUCUCGCGUCACUGGGGAUGUUCACCUCAGUAUUUCUCCUCACCGUUAUCAGCUUGGACCGUUACCUCCUCAUCCGCCACCCUAUCUGGUCCCAGCAUAACCGCACUAUUUCCCUGGCACGGAUACUGAUUGCAGGAGUCUGGUUCGCUUCCCUCACUCUGAGCCUUCCCUACCUGGCUUUCCGGGAGACUCGAGUAGUAGAGAACGGGAGGAUCAAUUGUGUCAACAAUUAUGCUCUCUCCAGAGGCUGGGAUGGUCCCAGAAUAAAAGCCCUGAGGGAUCGCAUUCACUUGAUUCUCUUUUUGGUCCGGUUCCUGCUGGGUUUCUUGAUCCCCUUCUGCAUCAUCAUGGGCUGCUACUGUGGGAUAGGAUGGGAGAUGAAGAAGAAAAGGUGGGCGAAGAACAGGAAGCCUUUCAGAGUCUUGGCGGUUGCCGUGGCCUCCUUCUUCAUCUGCUGGCUUCCUUGCCAUCUCUACUUCGGUUCGCUUUUGCUUCCAGAUAUGCCUAAAGUAGUAAUACAGGUUCUGUAUGUCUUGGGGCUAACUGGAGCGGGUUUCAAUAUUUGUUUCACUCCCAUUUUCUAUGUUUUUGUUGGGGAGAAAUUCCAGCAGGUCUUCAAGAUGUCCCUUGUUCUUCUGUUUAACAAAAGUUUUGCGAAUGUUUUCUUUGUACCUGAGGACGUUAACACGGGUGAGGAGGGACCCCAGACUCGUGCCAGUAGCAGAAUGGAGCUAAACAUCAGGGAGUGA